AUGUCACUUGCCAUUAGGUUCGCCACGCACGCCGAUCUUAAGAGCGUGCCUUUGAAGAUCAUCAGCAGCCUGUCCGCCGUUCCGGAAAGGGUCUUGGACAAGAUGAACGAGCUGCAGAAGUUACAGCCGGAGCAGUUCGAGGAGCUGGGGUUGCCCCUCGCCAUCAAGCACCUAGCCUGGGAGAAGGAUUCCGUCCUCUUCGUGCGCAUCGUGUCGCCCCACGCGGACAAGUACCUCGCCAGCGAGUUCUCGCCCAAGAUGGUGCUCUCCUCACAGCAGUUGAGGUUCUACAGGUCCCUCGACACCAUCAAGCGGCGGAAACUCAUGGGCCCCGAGAGGAUCAACGCCCUGGCGGAGUACACGGGCGGCCGGCCGAUCCUUAUCGGGUUCCUGUGCGACUACAUCGCCGAAAGGUUCUCGCAGGAAAAUUCUCUGUCGGAGGCCGGGCUGUGGGCCACACUCCUGACCGACGUCCUCGUCACGGCGAGGGAGCACGCGUACGGUAGCAUCGCGGACCAGUCCGUGGACCGGCUCUGCGCCCUGGCGUCUCGCCUCGACCUGGCCGUGCGAGAGGACGUGUUCAACGACGGCACGGUCAGGGACGUGCAGCGCCUGUUUCGCUUGGCGACGGGGAUCGGGGAAGGCCAGCACGAGCCGGGCAUGGUGGAGAGGCGAGAGGCCAAGCAGGAGGAGGCCAAGCAAAAGGACGGCAGCACGAAGAUCCAAAAGACGUUGAAGACGGCGUGGUCUCUGGUGUCCAAGAUGGACAAGAACAAGUGGUUCAAGGACCCCGUCACCGAAGCCAUCGCCGAGGGGUACCACAAGGUCAUCAAGACUCCCAUGGAUCUGGGCACGAUCCUGAAAAAGAUCAAGGGCGGCGGGUACCCCAGCUUCGGAGACUUCGACCGAGACUUGAAGCUCAUGUGGCAGAAUUGCCGCACCUACAACGGGGAGGGGACGCAGUACAACAAGGAAGCCUUGAGACAGGAGGAAGAGUGGUCCAAGAUUUCCGCGAAGAUAGAGAACGACCUACGACACCAGGAGACUCGCCCCGGCGGCGGCGGCGGCGGCGGCGCUGCCCCCACCGCCACCACACCCACCAACAGCAACAAGCGGAAGAGCGGUAGCGGUAGCGGGGGCAGUUCCCAGGACGACGCCAGAGGAAGCGGCGGCGGCGGCGGCGGCGGCGCGGCCCUAGCCCCGAUGGCCCAGGCGACCCAGCUGGAAAGGGACGGGAUCGGCCGCCGCGUGGGGCUCGCGUCCGUGCUCCUCGCCGAGCCGUUCGCGGCUAAGCUCAUGUACCGGCACGCGUCGGAGAGGAUUCCGGAGGUGUGCUGCGAGCGGGGCAUCCUCCCGCGCGACCACCCGGUCUACGCGCCGCUGGUGCAGCUCCUGGACCUGGGGGAGAGCGCCCGCCACAUGCUCAGGGCCAACACCUUCGGCGUGCGCGAGGUUAAGGCCGGGGUGACGAGGGCCGUGCUGCCGUGCGUCGUGGCGCUGCACGCGCGGGCGGCGGCGGCAGCGGGCCGGCGGCGGGCCGGCGGGGGUGCCGACGACGCCGACGGUGCCAGCGCAGCCGAGACGGCCGCAGAGAAGGAAGAGGACGCGGCCGCCACGGCCGGCCAGGACUGGCGAGGGUGGUACAGCGAUGUCCCCGCCAUCCGGCGGCUGGUCUGCACGAUGCUGUGCCGCGCGAUGGUGAGGGGGAGCGACGAGGCCGCCGGGGUGCUGAUGCCGGCGGCAAAGGCGGCGGUGAAGAGGAUGGCGGACCAGCGGUGGCUUUGGGCGAGCCUGGGCGAGCUGGUGCAGAGGAGCGCGGACGCAUCGGCGGCGGCGGUGGCGGCAGCGCCGGCGAAAGAUGGCGGAGGCGUCGUCGCUGCCGGUGUAGCCGGGAAGAAAGGCGGGAAAGAGAAGGGGGCGGUGCCGCGGGUUCUGAAGCCAGAGACGCUGCUUCUCGUAUUGGAGCUUUUUUCGACAGGGCUGGAGUUGGCGCUCGUCACCGACGCCGUGUUUAUCAAGGCACUCGAACUUGUCGCCGGCCUCUUGCCGCUGGCGUCCCCCCCCCCCCCGCCUGCUGUCGACACCGCGGCUGCUGCUGCUGUCGCCAGCGGCGGCGACAAGUCGAAGCCAAAACCGUCGGCGCCGGGAAAAGGCGCCGUUGCCGCUCUCCUGCCACGCUCGGCGCUGGAGGACGUCGUGAACCAAGCGGCGGCUCGGGCGGCCCGGCCGCCCCGACGGCCGCUCUCCGAGGCGGAGGAGUUGCGAGCAAAGGAGGCUUUCGCCAAGGUUUUCGCCAAGUCGCCCCCCGGGUGGGCAAACAAGGUUUCCGAGUACCGGGCAAAGCUCGCAGAGAAGUCGAGGAAGGGCGGGGCGGGCAAGGUAGUGGGAGGUGGAGAUGGGGGCAAGGGCGGGGGAGGCGGCGAUGGUGGGAGCGGAAGCGCGGGGCGACCAUCCCGACCCAUCUCGAUCAAGGGUCCCAAGAGGGGGCGACAGGAGACCGGCGGCGGGGGUGAUGAGGGGGUGGACGAUGCUGCCAGCCGGAAGAAGAAGAGUCGGCGGGUUAAUGUGUGACGUUUCGGAGCUAUGUAGCUGCUGUAUAUCGAUCGAUAGAAAGAGAUGGAAGAGUGCACGAUGGGAAUCAUCCUGGAGAGGAAGAGGGAGUGUGUGGGGGGGUGUACUCAUAGUCGUGCAUGACGUAGUAGUUAGACCAUUGACCUCGCAUCCCUACAAAGCCGGGACGGAGCACGCCGGGUUCUCACCGGACCAGGGAGUGGGGGGGGGGGGGGCGUACUCUUAUGUUUUGCAUGCCUGAGCGGUUAGACCAUUGACCACGCGUCCUCGAGAGGACGGAGCAUUGUUCCCACAGGACCGAUCACCGAUGGCCAAUCGUUCC